AUGAGUUACACUGAAGGAGAUGGGAAUCCGCCUGGUGAGUGCCCACAGACUCCUCGCGUGAGUCACACGUCAUUUCUUCCCCCCCUGGGAACUUCGUCAUCUGAAGGCCGUGAUGUAGAAGGGGAAAGCUUACGUGAUUACACCAUGACAUAUCGAAGUUGCCCAACUGAAAGCUAUGGGGAUCAGCCCACUGAGCCGUUUGGACAGUUCAGCAGGCCGCUUACAUCUUGGGAAAAGUUAGCGCUUAAACCAGUAUCAACGUGCCCAACGUAUAACGUGCGGACGGUGGUUCAUGUGAGUGAGCAUCCAUUGUGGUCCAAGUCGUUGAAAACACGCCUUGAUUACUUGGUUGGCGAUGCUUUAAGAAAACUUGGUACGCGGUAUAGCAAUAAUAGAGGUUCCAUCAUCCGGCCAACGAGCUUCGGCGGCUGCACAUCAGUUCAUACACAAGGCCCGCCGGUGAAUUACCCUACGGCCCCAUCUCCGUGGGGAAAUACAUUUUGUAACCAUGGUAUUCAUAUAAGCGAUAAUGCUACAGAGACACGUGUUGCUUCAUCUGCAAGUUCAGGAUGGGGCCCGAGCGUUUUUGUUCCCGGUCGAGCAAGCCGUCUGUCAGCAGAUUUUGCAAACCACGCCUCAUUGCUGGAUGAGGCAAGGUUUAAACGGAGGACAAUACUUGUGAACGGUGAGUGGAAGUCACUUGGGCCACGGGAGCUUGCGACACUUCGGUUGUCAUACAUACGCGAAGAACUUGUCGCUCGCGAAACGAUUGUAGAUGAGGAACACCUUGAAGCUGUUAAGUUAUUUUCUCAACACCUGGGCGCGUUGCACCUCGUGGAUAGUUGUGACAAGGAGAGUGAAUACGGCGAGCCGGUGCAAAAAUUACUGCAAGACACGAUGCUGAAUGGACUCCAGGCGAUAAAUUACAGAGAAGAAAUCAACCGAAGUUAUGUACUUGAGGAGGAGAACAAAGCAUUCCAACCCAUCUGGGAUUUGUUUGUUUUUGUGCAUCGAGGCAUGUUGCUUGGAAGUGCCCCAUUGAAGAAUUAUCUCAGGCGUUGGGUGUACCUGACAAGGGGACGCAAGGAGCGUUACCGCGUUAGCUUGCAGCAACUUCACGAGCGCGAGGAAAAGUCACGCAGCGAGAUCAUGGAGGAGCAUGCUUCUCUUGAGCAAGAACUUUUUAGCCACUUGUUGAGCACAAUGGAGACACUGUUCCGUGUAGAGUUGGAGUCGUUUCAAUUGCUUACACAAGUGGCACAAGUCCAUGCAUGGCUGUUUAUGCAAUCUCAGGUUGAUGUAUACCCAAAAUUGUAUGGUAUUGAAAUGACACGGCGCUUGGUGUGUGGACGUGCAACAGGUGUAACGCUUUUUAGAGAACUUGUUUUGAGAUGCCAAAAUGACAGAGAUGCGUUGGCUCUUUUCGAGGAACAUGGCCGCACGGUUCUACGCUGCGCGAUGGAGCUCGAUGAUAUUGCGUUAUUUUCAGAAGAGAUCAAGCGGCGGUCGAUUGAAGAGGAAGAGAACGCGGAGCGAGCCAAGAAACACCUUUUUGUGUUCGCUUUGAUGGAGCGUUGUCAUGCACGGGAAGUUGAAAUCAUAGAAGCUUGUGAGUGGGACGUUGAUUUGAUGAGAAAGUUCCGAGAAGGUUGUCUCGCCAUCGGCGAGAAACAUAGCGAGAGAAAUUCGGAACUAAAAGAGGGGCACGGAGAAGAGAAAAUAGAAGAAAAUUUAGCUACGAAUAGUGUCAAAACAGACGGAUGA